UUUUCUCUUUGGUUUAGUGGUGGAGCCGAGCUUUUAUUCAACAAAGUGAAGGAACACGAGGUGCUUUUACCGAAGGACGAGAAUCCAUGUGAGUAAGAUUUGCCAUUUCAAUGGCAGAUGAUUUACACCGCAACUGUAUGUCCAGUAGCGGGAUACGAUUUUUAAAAUACUUUAUGCCCGGAAGACGAGUAUAAGUAUUAAUUUCUACUUGCAGUUAUCGCAUAAGAAGUCAAAGAAUAGUCAGAUCAGGAAAUUUGAAUGGGGCAGUGUAAAAUGCAGACUGUAGACUGAUUGCGGACUAUUGUUUUUAGGGUUAGAACACAAUGGGAGUAUUGUUGUCACGUUCUAAUUCGCAUGGUGAAAACAGUAGUGCGCAGUCUGCAUUUUACACCAACCGGAAUUUGAAUGGUCAGACUGUUAGUGUAAAACGCAGCCUGCAGACUAUUAUUUUCACCAUGCGAAUUAGAACGUGACAAUAACAGUCCCAUUGUGUUCUAACCCUAAAUAAACAAUAGUCCGCAGUCUACAUUUUAUACAGCCCCAUUGUCAGGUAGGGAAUUCCAUUUUGUAUCCUCUCCUGCCCAUCCCCCUCCCCCACCCCACCUCCCCAAAGAUGGCUGGCAUCCAAACCCUCAAUUUUUUGUUGACAUCCGUUGAAAAAUUAACUUCCAAGAGUUUGGAUUUUGUUGGCACUUUUGAAAAUAUGUCCAAAGGGUUCUGUCAAGAGAAUAUUGAAAACCCCUUUUCAAAAUCCUGCCAUCCUCAGGGGUGGGGCAGUGUGUGGAUAAAAUGUCCAAGUUCUAGUGAGUGACUGUAAAAAAUCUCAAACAAAGGUUCUUUUAGACUUUUGAAAAAGUCCUUUAAGGCUGCUUUGCAUCCUAUAAAGUGUGCUAAUUUACAGCUUUUUUGCUGUUAAAAUUGUGAGGUACACUUGUGGUUUAGUCUAAACCCUAAAUCCCCAAUCUUAGUUCACUUUAUCCGAGUACCUGUAGAAGUAAAUAUGAAGAUGCGACAAAUGCAGAUCAGACUAGCAGUCAUUUAGUGACAUGAAAACCAGGAUCUGCUACAGGGUCAGUCAGAUUCUGCCUUUGUGCACGAUUUUAUUAUGAGCAUACUAUUAUAAAGUUUCAUGUUAAACCAAGUUCUUUUCUUUAUUGAUUUUACAGGGAAUAUUGGGAGAUUGUUGAUAUGGAUUAAAGAUAAUUUGCUGAAAGAAAGACCAGAAUUGUUUCUUCAAGGAGAUUCAGUGUAAGAGCCUUAAAAAAAUUUUCAUUCUUUUGAAGUGAAAGGAACUUGAUCUUCUUCUGAACUUGAUCUUCUUCUGUAGCUUUGAACCUCUUUUCCACCCCAGUGUAUAUGUAAAUCUGGAUGAUGUCAUAUAAAAACCAGUAAUAUACUCUUAGAGACACUUUAGUCAGUCCCAGUAGUCUAAUUGUUGUAUCUCCCAUGGAGAGCCUCUUUCAAUGUGUAGACACAAUAAUAUGAAAACCAUUACUUUAUCCAUUUUUUGUCAUUACGAUAUUAUUGUACAUUUAAAAAUGUACAAUGUAGAUACGUCAUGUUACUCCUGUAAUGCACAUCUUUUCUAAGGAAAUUCUCCUCAAACCUUGCUUUUAUGGACUGUUACUACUACAGGCACCAACUUGUGGUCCCAGUAGUGUAUUCUGCAAUAACAGGAGUUGAUAUUAUUUUGGUCAUCCUGGGAGUCUCUCUACCUAGCACAUGAAAUGAUCAGAUGUUAUUUCCAUACAUGUAGUAGACAAUGACCACUGUAACUGGUCUAACUGAUUGUGCAGGCUUUUUCACUUCUACAUGAUUUCUACCUCCAAGAAUUGCAGUAUACCAUGAGCAAACCCCAGAGAAGGGGGACACUUUUAUUUGGCCUAGACAGGUAUAUAAAAUGUAUGUGCCGCCGAACAGGGUAUGAUUUUUAGAUUCUUGAGUCUUAAAUGUGGUAUACAAUUUCACUCUUGUUUUUUUUAGCAUUUUGAACAGGGUGUUUUUUUGGACCGGAAGCGUUAAAAAGAGUGUGAAGGCUGCCAUUGAGCGGUCUUCUUAAGUGGUACCACAAUGUUUUUUCCAAAAAAGUUAGUUUAAAGAAAUACUGUGUGCAAAACAAAGUGAAUCAGGGUCAUGAACAUAGGACACUUGUCUUAUAUACGGUUUGAAAGCCUCAGCAGCGAACCUUAACCCAAACUUCCCUUGAGUGCUCUCCUGGGAGAACAAACUUUGAACAUGUUGAAAAAGUCUCUAUAAGUCACCCAGUUAUUUGUUGUUUUGGGGUGUUAAAAGAUUUCUGGCUGGUAACUUCGAAAGGUACUGUAUUUCAUAAUUUUCAUUCACUUUUUUCUUCUUUAUCUCUUUACUUUUUUGUAGACGACCUGGCAUAUUGGUGCUAAUAAAUGAGACUGAUUGGGAGCUGUUGGUAUGGCCAUAAACUGAGAGAUAACUGUUGUUAUUGCUGUUGUUUACUUUUUCUUUUUUGAAUAUUAAUAUCUACUAGCCCACUUUUUCUGUUGGUUAUAGGGAGAGUUGGAUUAUGAGUUGCAAGAAAAUGACAGCAUUGUGUUUAUAUCCACUCUUCAUGGAGGGUAGAAUUGAGAAUCCAAGAGAAAAGCAAGACAGACUGGAGNUUAUAGGGAGAGUUGGAUUAUGAGUUGCAAGAAAAUGACAGCAUUGUGUUUAUAUCCACUCUUCAUGGAGGGUAG